CCUCCCCCUCCCACGUUCUUCCGCCACCGCGAACCACCACCACCCCAAGAAGAAGAAGAAGACGCAGAGAGCGCGAGGAAAAAUCCCAGGAGGUAAUCGGGGAUCGAUCGAUCGCGGCGAGCUACGUACGUCGGCGCAAAGAUGAGGGAGAUCCUGCACAUCCAGGGCGGGCAGUGCGGCAACCAGAUCGGCGCCAAGUUCUGGGAGGUGAUCUGCGGCGAGCACGGCGUCGACCCCACGGGGAGCUACACCGGCACGUCGCCGCAGCAGCUGGAGCGGAUCAACGUCUACUUCAACGAGGCCAGCGGCGGGCGCCACGUGCCCCGCGCCGUCCUCAUGGACCUCGAGCCGGGCACCAUGGACUCCCUCCGCUCCGGCCCCAUCGGCGCCAUCUUCCGCCCGGACAACUUCGUCUUCGGCCAGUCCGGCGCCGGCAACAACUGGGCCAAGGGGCACUACACCGAGGGCGCCGAGCUCAUCGACUCCGUCCUCGACGUCGUCCGCAAGGAGGCCGAGAACUGCGACUGCCUCCAAGGAUUCCAGGUGUGCCACUCGCUGGGAGGAGGCACGGGGUCUGGCAUGGGCACCCUGCUCAUCUCCAAGAUCCGGGAGGAGUACCCGGACCGCAUGAUGCUGACCUUCUCCGUGUUCCCGUCGCCCAAGGUGUCGGACACCGUGGUGGAGCCCUACAACGCGACGCUGUCGGUGCACCAGCUCGUGGAGAACGCCGACGAGUGCAUGGUCCUGGACAACGAGGCCCUCUACGACAUCUGCUUCCGCACCCUCAAGCUCACCAACCCUUCCUUCGGCGACCUGAACCACCUGAUAUCGGCGACGAUGAGCGGGGUGACGUGCUGCCUGAGGUUCCCGGGGCAGCUGAACUCGGACCUGAGGAAGCUGGCGGUGAACCUGAUCCCGUUCCCGCGGCUGCACUUCUUCAUGGUGGGGUUCGCGCCGCUGACGUCGCGCGGGUCGCAGCAGUACAGGGCGCUGACGGUGCCGGAGCUGACGCAGCAGAUGUGGGACGCGAAGAACAUGAUGUGCGCCGCCGACCCGCGGCACGGGCGGUACCUGACGGCGUCCGCCAUGUUCCGCGGCAGGAUGAGCACCAAGGAGGUGGACGAGCAGAUGAUCAACGUGCAGAACAAGAACUCCUCCUACUUCGUGGAGUGGAUCCCCAACAACGUCAAGUCCAGCGUCUGCGACAUUCCCCCCGUCGGCCUCGCCAUGGCCUCCACCUUCGUCGGCAACUCCACCUCCAUCCAGGAGAUGUUCCGCCGCGUCAGCGAGCAGUUCACCGCCAUGUUCCGCCGCAAGGCCUUCCUCCACUGGUACACCAGCGAGGGCAUGGACGAGAUGGAGUUCACCGAGGCCGAGAGCAACAUGAACGACCUCGUUGCCGAGUACCAGCAGUACCAGGACGCCACCGCUGAGGAGGAGUUCGACGACGACGACGACGCCGCCGUCGCCGACGACGCCUGAUCAUCAUGCUUCGGUUUGCCCUCUGCCACGCUACAUAUUUCCAGUGCUACAAGCACACACAUAUUCCGUUGCCGUGUCUGCUGCUGCUGCUUGCGUACUGUAUCGAUCUGUGUGCUACUACUACGUGUUGUCACCAUCCUAGCUUGUCAAUUUGUCAUCGUUCUCCAGGUUACUUUGUAUGUCUAAAUUUGUUUGUUCAUCACUCUCUUCUCUUCUCUGUAUAUGCUAGGGAUGUAUACCAUAUAUAUCUACUUCAUUUUCAUGAACUAAAUUUUAUUGUAUC